GUAUCUGAUUCAAAGUUUUCUUCCCUUACGAACUUCCAGGCUCAAGCUCAGGAGUGCAUUGUGGAAAAAUCGGUACUGGAUGGAAGACCAGCAAACAUCAAUGCCAAAUUGACGCAAUACCUAGCUCAGGCAUAUGAGCAAAUCGCAUCACAAUUGGCUAGUUCUUCUAUAACGGCAUCUCUCCCACAGAAAUAUCGCAAGGUACCACAUGUAAGAAUGAUUCUCAUUGAGUUUAUUGGGUCCUCGUGGUUCAUGAUGCAAUAA